ACACACACACAUACAGAGAGAGAGGGGGCGAGCGAGAGGGAGAGAGAGAGAGAGAGCUCUGAGUGAAAUGAAGAAGCUACCCGACACAAACAGCAGCAGCAAAAAAAGCAGCGUGGCGGCUCACUCCUUCCUUUUCGCUCGUAGUAUAUCACUAUAGUUAAUACUAAUCCGGAAAUUCGGACUUGGUUCCUCCUCUGGACUGUGUGCUGAGCCUCAGAGGAAAAUGCCAACUCACUCUUUACUGCCGUUUGUGGACAGCCCAGAUGGCCUUCUCCAAGAUAUCCUGAUUAGUAACAAUGCAGGAAUCCCAGGGCCUGGUUGCAGCAUGACACCGCAGAGUGCUUGCACUGCGAAGGCCAUGUUACAGUCUGAGGACAAUGUCCAGCUAUCUUGCAUGUUUUGCGACCAGGUUUUCACGCAUCAGGAUGAGCUCGGCCCGCACGUGCUCACACAUCACCCCACUACGUUCUACGAACCCACGGUGCUGCUGGUCGAUGCCGAGUUCAGGGUCCCCGGGGAGAGAUCCCGGCCCAAACCCAGUGUCCUACCUGUGCAGGAGGAGGCGGCAGCUCCUAGCUGCAUCGUUUGCGGUCAGGUGGCACACGAUGCCAGUGAACUGGAGACCCACAUGAGGAAGCACAAGGACUACUUUACGUACUGUUGCAACAUUUGUGGACGGCGGUUCAGAGAGUCAUGGUUUUUGAAAAAUCACAUGAAGAUGCAUGUGAAACCGGGACCAAAGAGCAGGGCUGUUCUGGACCAGGAGGCCCCAUUCACCAUUAAUGGCAUCACCCAGGAGCCAUCUUUGGAGCCGGUCCUGUCUGUUUACAAAAUGUGCAUGGUUUGUGGGUUUUUCUUCCCUGAUCAUGACAGUUUGGCAGAACAUAGUAAGGUUCACAACCGAGAGGCAGAGCUAGGUAAAGAUGAAGGCAAGGAGAAGAUUGAUGGUGCUACUGAGUCCCACAAACAGAAAACUUUUUUAUGUAGUCUCAACCUGCAGCCUGCCUCUGAAAAUAAAAGUUUAAACAAUGCAAGAUCGUCUAAGUGGAUUCCCCAGCUGGAUCCCUUUACUACAUAUCAGGCCUGGCAGCUUGCGACAAAGGGCAAGAUAGCAGUUGGUCCUAAUAAUACUAAAGAUAUCGGUCAAGAACUGAGCACAGACAACGAAGACUGUGGCUCUGAUAAAGAAGACAUGAGUGUUAUAUGGUCAGAAGGUCAAGGAGACAAAACUGUGAAAGAACUGCGGUCUCAGCCGCAGUCUGCUACUGAAACCUCCAACCCACCGCGGAGGUCACUCAUGCAAAAACAUAAGGACAAAGAGAGGCCAACCACUUGUGAGGAGUGUCACAAAACAUUCAGGACCUAUCACCAGUUGGUUCUCCACUCCAGGGUCCACAAGCGUGAGAGAGGUGGCGAAGAUAGUCCAACUUCUUCUGCUGAUGUGAAAAUGCCAAGAACAGUCUCACAGGACCUGGCAGAGGAAACACACGAGGAGACCUUGGAGGAAAACUUGAUUUCAGGUGAGGAUGGUCUUGAGCGAUCAAAAUACAGGUCCAAAGAAUGCAGCUAUUGUGGCAAAUCAUUCCGUUCGAGUUAUUACCUCACAGUUCACAUGAGAACUCACACAGGUGAGAAACCCUAUAAAUGUGUUUAUUGCAACUACGCAGCCGCUCAGAAGACUUCACUAAAAUACCACUAUGAUCGUCGCCACAAAGACAAACGAUAUGUGGAAGCCUCCAGCAGAUCUGUACCUUUACUACCUUCUCCUGAUGGUAGUCCAGCCCCAAGCAGACCUAAACUCUGGGAUUCAAAAGCAAAUGGAAGACCUGAGGUUAGAUUUGAUAGCUUGGACAUCAAACCAGACAAGCAUAUUGUGCAACUAAACACAGAAUGCAAUGAUGUACAAGUAGAGCAACAACUAGUGGUUAACCUGAAGAAGGAAAAGGAGGAAAAGAACGAGAACGCUGAGGCCCCUUUAAAUCUGUCGUUGAAAGUGUCUGUUUCUAUAGCUGCCGAAGCCAGAUGUGCAUUGACGCCAAAUUUAUGCUCAUUUUGCACAUAUAAAACUCUUUACCCUGAGGUUCUGACAAUGCACAAAAGGUUGAUACAUAAAGACAAAUCAGAUGACGCCAAAAAGAACGAAUAUGGAGGCAAUGUGAAACUAAGACGUUAUACAGGUUGCCCCCCUGCUCUGGAGGGGAAAGACGUUACUCCUCUCCAGAUCACUGAUAGACGCCAUCCUCGCCGGACCAAAUCCCCGCUUCCACAACCCUCCAAACCUCCAGAAGGUCUCCCAGUAAAACAGCCUCAUGGCCCAAAGUGCUCACCGGUCCCUACAGCAGGCCGAGACGUCACGCCAGGGUUUCAACCUUACAGACAAAAUGCUGAGUCCCAUGCCAACCAGGAAUCCUCCAGGUACACAGAGGUUACGAGGAAAACCAACACAGGCAGUAAGUAUGUAGCGGACAGGACAGCUUCUCUGGACAGAGUGGGAGUAAGCGAGAGGAGCUACCCAUCAAGGAGCGGCGCCCUUUGGCACUCAGAUGCUGCUCGCCUGUGUCUGUCGAGCAGAUUUGGGAGCCUCCCUCAAAUGGAUUUUGGUGACCCGUCUGGCAAGAGAUUGAAGCUUUCUGUACCAACAAACAGAGCGAUUGAGACUGGUGAGAAAGCGUCUUUUAGAGCACCGCCACUAGACGGACCCAGUAGGCUGCUACUUCCAGGAAGAAACACAUCGCAGGGGCCAGGCCCAUCCUCGUCGUCCGAGGCCCUGUAUCCAAUAAAAACUGGGUCUGCAUCUCUGGGGGGAAGUUUGGAGUCGGAGUGGAACAUGAUGAACUUUCUGCACUACACACCAAAUGACCUGGCAUCCCUCUACCACAGCACACCAACAAACCCCAGUCACGGAGGACUGGCUAACCCCAGAGUUGGGGCCAGAACUCUACUGUACCAACCCUUACCAAGCCUACCCAGCCUUCCAAGGAGAGACCCCUCAACCUCUUUCCCACACCAGCGCUACGGGACCACUGACAAGAACUCCUAAAGUAAAAAGCAAAAAGUCUCCAAUAGAUUUCCUGUAGAAUUGUCUAGAAUCUUCCUAUCAACUCUGCGCACCUCUCCUGACCCUGCGGAUGAACAACAUCCCCACAGCAUGAUACUGCCACCACCACAUAUCACUCUGGGCAUGAUGUGAGGCUACAGAAGGUCAAUGUGCUGACAUUAAAUUACACAGAAGAAGCAAGUUAAAAGGAAGCUUGUUGUACUUGUUUUAAAUGAUUCCUAAAUGAAAAUAAUAUUAUAAAAGUAAAACAAAAAAAUAAUUGUGUCAUAAACCAUUCCAAUAAAAUUUUGCUUGAAGCCCCAUAAUACCAUAGGGGUGAGUGUUAUGUGCAAUAAACUAAGACAAAAAUUAGGCCAUGUUGAACUACUUUCUCUUAAAAUUCUAGGCAUUUGCAUCAAAUACUUACAUUUUAUUUAAGAGAUUCCUUAUGUUGGAAAUGUUUUAUGCUGGAUUUUUUAUGUUUGAUUUUAUAGAAGGUUAUGUUUAAGACUUGCAGAUAGAAGCAUUUGAUAUUGAAUAUUUUUUAUAUGCAUAUGUGGCUGUAUGUUUUUCUUCUUCCCCUUUAGUCUUCUCAAUCCUUUUAUCACUCAUAAUUGUUGCCUCCAGAACGUCAAAUUGCUUGAAUUAGCAAUUGGGCCAGCACAGCAGUUAUAUGGUCAAUUGUUGAACAUCCUGUCAGACUUUGAGGCUAAAAGUCUGCUGUGUCUGCGAUCGCUCAUCAUCGUCACCCCAUUCCCUCUGAGGAAGAGGGAGCGAUGUAACGGUUCCCACAAAAACAGCCCGUGGCCUAAGGAGAGGGAUUUGGGUGUCUGGAGACAACAGAGGCCAUAUGGAGCGGGGCUGAGAUAGCAAGGCGCAUGUACAGAAUAAUGGAUGAUGUGUCAUGUUUCAUGUUGCAGAGAAGCCAUCAGGAGACUUGGGUUGGGGGAAAUCAAAAGGCUCACACACAGCACAAGCGACUGUUGGACCAUUUAGCAUUUUUUGAUUAUUUUCAUGCUGGGAGAGCGCCGAACAUAUAGGCCUGAUAGAUGAGGUCUUCUGUUUUCAAUACCUGUGGUCUGUGUAGGUUAUUUAUGAGUGAAUACAGUCAGGAUUCAGAAUGGCUAUUAUAUGCAGGACUAUUGGAAUGAUGACUUUACCAGUCUGAUGAACAGAUCACCUGUGUACUGAAUCUAAAAACUACUCAAGCGAGUCACAGAACCAAGAGCAACUAUAAAUAGAACAACUUUAUCCAAAACACCAAUCAACCAAUCAUAUAUUUAAAAGGCAUUUUUAUACAGUCAGCUGUAACACAAGUUGCUAUACUCAGGUUAUAAACCAUAAAAAACAUGCAACAAAAACAC